AUGGACGAGAUCCAAGUGACGCCUCGGAGUAAGACGACUGAGAAUGAAAAGGGGAGCGCGUCAAAAGUCGUGAGCGUGGGAAAGGACAAGACCGUUGGGACCUCUGGUCCUGGUGGAAGAGAGAGGAAACGUGCAGUCAAAAUUGAAGAACUGGAAAGGAGAAGAGCAAGAGAUGCAAAGUUUGGCGUCGGUAGAGACGAGUCCGAGGCUUCCGAUGACGACGUCACUCGUUCUCCUCGUCGACGGUCCAGACGCUCACGUUCGAGCUCGAGACAUUCACGACAUUCACAUGGGCUGGGACAUGAAAUUCAACCGGAUCUAGCCGAGGGCCUGCCCGAACAAUUUGCAGGUCAAGAGAUCGAAGAUCUACAUUAUGGUGCGGGACCUGCAGAAAUCGAAAUGGAGCGAGAGGUCAUCAAUGGAUGGUGGGAUGGAGAGGAGGAUGAGGAGAUGUUCAUCUCCCACUUGAGCGGAUCAGAAGCCGACCGCCAAUCGCAGUCGUCUGUCAGCUCAGAUUCCGACGAUCCCAUGUCUGGAUCCGAAGACGCUUCGACAUCCGACGAGGAAUUGGAUGAAUUUGGCUUCCCGUUGCCGAGUCAAGAUAAUGGCGCUGAAGCGGGGCCUCUGGUCCUUAUGGAAAAUUGGGACGGUCAAUUCGUCCUGGUCCAGCCGAGGCAGGAUCGCUCUCAGAGCCGUCGUCAUGGGUCAAGAGGAUCUCGUACGGCUGGCUCUGUGGGCGCCAGUACAACCUUCUCCGUCGGAACCGGAGCAGAAGGAGGUGAACAAUUGCUCAUCGACCCUGAUGCCAUGGAUCCAAGCUCCGAAUCUGAAUGGUCAGGAUUGACCGAAGAGAGUGAUGAAGGCGAUACAACUGAUUCAAUGGCGGAAGAGGAUAUGCCAAUGUUGGAUUCUCCGGCUUUGGACCAAUUAAUAGGCGAACAAAUGGCCAAUGUGUCCAUGGGCGUCGCAGUCAAACCCGCUGGACCGAUGUCGAGUAUCUCGUCGGGCACAAACUCAGCGGCUCCGAGCAUUCUUAAUGGAUUGGCCGAGGUUCCUGUAUCGACCCCAGCGAUCGUCGUCACGGAUGCCUCGGGCGACUUAGUGGCUGCUUCAACCCCUGGUCCGUCUACUCAAGAGACCCCGUUGCCCGCGGCUCCGACGAUGGGCACUUUCCACCCUACUACCACGCACCCGUCCCAGCACGCUGUGAUCGACGGCAGCAAUACACCGACGAAAUCGCCAUUCACCCACCGCCGUCGAUCACGUACGAAAGAUCGAAGUGUCCGCGGUCGAUCCGAUUCUUUUCCUUCCAUCGCAUCCCGUGAUGAGAGGGAGAGGAAGAGAAAGACGCUUCAAUAUGAUGCGGAUCAUUUUGCGAUCCCGGACAUCCCGAAGCGUCUACGGUACUCGUCUAUACCUGGUCAUCCGAGGUUCAUCGCUGCAAAGCGAGCCGCCAUGUCUGAUAUGGAUAUGGAGGAUACGCCAUCUGAAGAGGACGAUCAACAAGCGGGUCCCGAAGAGGUUCUCGACCUGGAAGACAUGUUGGAAGAGAGUAUUUUGUCUCCCACGGGACAUGACGAUGAUGACGAUGAUCAAGAAGAAGGAGGAUUUAGAUUCGAUCGUGUACCCGUUUCGCGAUACUUGAAACGACAUUUCGGGACAGGAUCCAAGCGAGGAAGUAUGAGCCAUGGUCCGGGGUCAAAAGGAGCCCAUGGACACCAGCACCAUCUUCCACAGCAUCACUCGACUGGACACACGGUCCGAUCGUGGUCUAUGCCUACUUCUGCCGGGGUCGGGGUAGGACCAGGUAUCACGGAACCUAUGCACCAGUACCCUUUCGGUUUGACGGUCGGUUCGACUAUUGGAGGAUUGGACCAUACCCUCGCUGGACCCGUCGGACGGAUGAUGCUCCUUUCGCCCGGUCUCGCUCCAGUCCAUGAGGACAGGAGUGGUGUCUUGUCAAGGAAGGAAAAGAGGAGAAAGAGGAGGAGAGCAAUGGGUGCUUUGGCUACCGGCCAGGAUAUCCCAGAGCUCGCUAUAUAA